AUGUUUUCCCGGCUGUGUAAGAACAGUAUUUUUCCCAGCGGAAGUGGAGGUGGCGGUAACAGCAGCGGUGCAUCAGGAGCGUCCACUGCAGCAUCCUCAACGGCAGCCGGUUCGUCGCCUUCCGAGCCCGUGUCCUCAUCGGCAGCAGCUGCUGCCACCACGACAACUGCAUCUUCAUCGUCAUCCCGGCGUCAUUUGAACCUCCCACUGCUGCCCGUGUUGCCACCGCGAUCAGCCGCCCAGAUAAGGCCAGAACCUCCCCCGCCGUACUGGGCCCACUAUCAGCAUCGAGUCGUUCCGGCGGCGGUGGUCCACCCCCCGAUUCCGUUGGCCCGAUCGUCUAGCACAAGCAGCAGUAGCAGUUCGUCCGCGGGGGUCAACGCGUCAAGCAAUGCACACCGGUUGCGUGGCCCGGCGGCAGUUUACGGAGGAGGCGUCGGCGCAGAAGGUUAUCAACGUGCAGUAACGUUGGAACGGGGCAGAGCCACGCAUCGGUACAAUAUUGCACACCAGCAGCAGCAGCACCGGCAGCGUCAGCGGAUCAAAGAGUACUUGUUGAGUGAGUAA